AUGUUCUCCCUCUCGCCGGCGACGGCGGCGGCGGCGGCGGAGGGGUCCUCGUGGGAGUGUGAUCCCUGCGCCCGCUCCUCCCGCCCGGGGUUCCGCUGCGGCUCCUGCGGCGCUCCGCCGCGGUGGGCCUGCGGCGGCUGCACGCUCUUCAACCCGAGCGGCACCGGCAAGUGCGCCGCCUGCAGGGCCUCGCGCCCCGUGGAGAUCGACGACGAAGAGGACGGGGACGGUCCCGCGACGCCGCCGCCUCCGAGCGGCCCGAGGAAGAGGGCGUGCGCCGGCGAGGAGGGCGAGCGGGUGGACGAGUCCGAUGCGCCGCCUCCCGCCGCCAAGAAAGGAAAUUUUGAGAAUAAGUGGGACAAAAAGACCUUCAAAAUCAUGACAUACAAUGUCUGGAUCCGAGAGGAUAUUGAACUGCGUAGAAGGCUUGAUGCUCUUGGAGAACUUAUUCAACUUCACAGCCCAGACCUUAUAUGCUUUCAGGAGGUUACACCUUACAUGUAUCAGCUUCUGGAAAAAUCUGACUGGUGGCAAGAAUAUGAAUGCCUGUUGUCACGUCAGAUGGCUAUGCGGAAGUCACAUUUCUGCAUGCAGAUGACCAAAUUGCUAGUUAGUUCAUCUGCCCGCAUUCCUUUUCCGAACUCAACAAUGAGGAGGGAGCUAUGCAUAGCAACCAUCAAGACAGGAGAGAUGAUCAAUUUGGCCUUGGGCACAAGCCACCUAGAGAGCCCCUGCCCUCUACCUCCUCGGUGGGAUCCGAAGUACAGCAAGGAGCGAGUAGAUCAGGCAAAGUAUUCUCUGAGCAUGCUGGGAAAAUUCAACGAUGCAAUCUUCUGCGGUGACAUGAACUGGGAUGACAAAGUGGAUGGUCCCUUCCCUCUACCGGACGGCUGGGUUGACGCUUGGGUGGAGAUGAGGCCAGGUGACAAUGGAUGGACCUAUGAUACAAAAGCCAAUGCCAUGCUUUCAGCCAACUUUAAGCAGCAGAAGAGGAUGGACCGGUUUGUGUGCAAGCUGUCGAAUUUCAAGAUCGACGACAUUGAGAUGAUCGGAAAAGAGGCGAUUCCAGGCGUCACGUACUACAAGGAGAAGAUUGUUCGCAAGGAGCUUCAUAAGCUGGACCUACCUGUCCUACCCAGCAAACAUUUUGGGCUUGUUCUGACCAUUACUCGUCAGGACGACAUUUUGUGAUCACAAACUCACAAUGAUCCUAUGUUUUCGUGAUCGAUGUGUCUCCUAUAUGUUUAGCAUGACAAUAGUUCCGUGGAUUGACAAUAGUGUGAAAAUAUGAACUGACGUAGUUGCCACUGUUAGGCCUAUGUUCAUCUAUGUGAUGAAAGCACCCGUGUGGUGCUAAAAACUGGAGAAGAUAUGUUACAGUGGUGGUUCCAUUUGUGAUUAUGGUUGCCAAUUAUUGUAAAUGGAGAUGAUUGGCAAUUGCUUGCUUCA